GGGAGCUGUUUGGUGGUGGUACACUUUCACUCCAAGAACACCAAUCCGGGUCCGUCGUCCCCAGUCGAGGUCCUCUCUUUAGUCUGGUGCUGCGAGGCCGAGUGAUAAGCUGUGUGCGUCCCCGGUUGUCUAGCAAAAGGCAUCAUCAUGUUUGGGCGUAGUAUCGGGAAGCUUGUGGUGUGGCUUCUGCUUGCCACAGUAGCCGUCUGGCCAAGCAUUGGCCAACGGAUCGUAAACCAGCUGUGUCCGGAUCCGGCCAGCCGCCCGGUUGUUCAGUAUUUCGAUCUGGAACGUUACGUUGAGGGGCGAUGGUACGAGAUACUGCGCUACGAGCAGUACUUUGAGAAGGAUUGUGAUUGUGGUUACGCCACGUACACACCGCAGACCGAUGGAUCGGUGAAGGUAGAGAACUGCUGUGAACGGCUACCGAACACCACGGUCAAGUGCAGCAUCGGAAAGGCGGUCGUCAGCUUUCCGGAUCAGUUUCCACUGGAGGGAAAGUUCAACGUGACCUUCGGUGGCCCACCGAACAACUCGAACUACUGGAUCAUGGAGACUGAUUACGACAACUUUGCCGUGAUUUACUAUUGCAAAAACAUCUCCGACAGCAAAUCGGCCGAAGCGGCCUGGGUGCUGUCGAAGCAGCGGACUAUCAACGCGACCGUUCGCGCGGUGGUCGAUAAGUUGGUCGAUAAGUUCCUGGUACGGCAGGAUAUGAGGGUUACCGAGCAGAGCCAGGAGAAAUGCAAAUAUGCCACGGGUGGUUAAAACCAUUUGCCACCAUACAAAGCAUUGACUUUCGUACACGAAAGGACGUAAAGGACUAUCGAUGUAAAUUUUCGGACCUUUUCCCACAAUUUGAUAUCGAAAUACUUGCACUGCUUCGAAAUAUACUAUGAAAGUAUGCCACAAAACCUACUUUGUCCGCCAAGAAGCGACAUUUGCUCAAAAGUAACCGGAAAUACUUUUCCUCUACAUCGAUAUUUUCCGCUAAUCAAGCCGCACCGAGAGUAAUGUAAAUGAAAUACCAACGAGCCAGCCAGGAACUCUGGUUGCGAGACCCAAAGCCCUCUAAUGACUUUAGCUAAUUUUUAUGAUCACAGUUCGGUCCCGUCAUGCUGGACGGUACACUUUCGCGGCACACGGGCUGAACAAAAACUGAAAAUCUAAUGAAAUCUCUGUCCCCGUUUUGGCUUUGGUUGUCUAGCUACUGCGAAGGAAACGCGAUCCUGCAGAACAAUUUUGGGUGCGCCAGCCAGAGGACCAACUUUUACCACCAGGAACGGGGCGGACGAGUUUCUGGUCAGCGAACGAGCGAGCGAGCUAGUGGUCCACAAGCCAGAGUUGGUCGAUAAUUAGCUUUUGAUAGAAAUAAAACUGUUACAAAACUUUGCGCAACGGACGGAAACAAUUUCGAAGCGUGAGGCGUUCCACGGUACCAGCUCUCCGUUUGGUGCUACUCCACUACUGAGGAACCCAAGGUUUGGAAUGUUCUAGCAUCACGGUCGCAGGGACGGUGCCAGCAGUGCUGUUCACAGAACACAGCAAACCCUUUACACACAAUUCAAAUGUAGAUUGUUAGCUAGCGGCAAAAGUCACAGUUUUGGGCGAAUAAAAAAUAAAAUGUUUCUACUA